AUGUGUUUUAUUACAGCCUACAACUGAAACAUCAGUGUAACUGACUACUAGGUCUCUUUCUCAGUUAGACUCAGUCAUGUCAAACAACAGCGCCGCCAACAGCAGUUUAGUUAUCGCCCAGAAGGCAGUGAAACAGCUUCGUCUGGAGGCCAGUGUCCGUCGGAUAAAGGUUUCUCAGGCUGCUGCAGAACUGAAGACCUUCUGUUUGCAAAAUGCCCACAAAGACCCUCUCCUCACUGGGGUGCCCUCCAGUGAUAACCCAUUCAGGCCUCCCAAGUCAUGUGUCCUCCUCUGAGGACUGUGAAGGAAUGCAAAGUACUCAGACGCCUGAUCAUUCCAAUGUGGAUUUCUGUCAUGUGCCCCACAGCCUCUGAAGAUAACGAAGCCAAAACCAUAUACACACACAGCCACACACACACAUAGAUUGUCACUGGAGCUGUUAAGGAAUGACGCUGACAAUUUCAGCUGAAAAAUGUAGUAAAUGUAUUGUACUUAUUCUGACAGGAUGUGUUUCCGUGUGUUUCUAAUGCAAGCCGCUGGUUUUCGUGUUUUGUUCGUUUCAGGGUUCAGAGCUCUAUACUAUGGUGGCCUUACACAGCAGGCCUUAAUGUCAGUUCUGUUUUUAUGACAUUUUAUGACCACUUGUUUUACAGUGAAACUACACCUUUUACAGCAGUUGUUAUUGGAAAAAAAUAUCCCGGAGCUGAUGACAAAUGACGAGAAAAAUCCCAUGAAAGUCACAUUGGCAGAUAGCAGAUUCCUAUUUGAUUCAUUUCUAUUUAUGAACAUCGCUCGAAGCAGAUCUAAAAGAAAUUGGAUUCCAUGUGUUUUUUUCUUUUAUACAUGUUUGUAAUACAUAUCCAAUCUGUGUCAUAUGUGAGCAAAAAACUAAAUUGGGUUAUUUAUACCACCAGACAGAAAUCUUUUUCUCCUGCUGCACUAGCAUUUCCUUUCAUAACAGUGAACACUGAGAGACAAAAUUCUAAAGGACUCUAUUUACCACUGGCUGUUUUUGAGAUAUUGAUUCCUGUCAUUUAUUUUGGAGAAACGGGAGCCUUUAAAUGUCUGUAAUCAUUCAUUUUGUACUCGCUUGGCAAACAUAAUUUAUAAAACAAAAGGAACCUUUGGUAGGGAAAAGAGGAAGUAUGGAAACCUGAUAAGCUGUUGUGGGUUGAUGGGUAAUUGCUGAUCUUGUUGCUCACAGUGUGAACACACAGUCCAGUUUGUACAGUUCGAAAAUCUCUCAUCUUAUGUGCACUGUUAUUAUUAAAGUUAGCAUGUGUUUCUUUCUGUCAUCUGUCUGUGAAGCUGUUUCUGGCAUGAAUUUCGCAUCUUAGUUUUUAACAAAUACCAACAUUAUUAGCUAUAGCAAACUUCACUGAUGGAAAACUAUUUCACUGCAAAUAGCAGAGGAAUUGGGUUAAAAUAACAUGUUUCUGACUUUCUGGUAAAAUAAGAUCUAAUAAAUCAUUUUUUCAGUUGGAAUUUCAAGAGCUUUCAGCGUUCAGCUUUCCAAGGUGUCAUUAUCUGAUGUCACAUAAACAUAGCUGCAUACUUUAAGCUUUGCAUGACUUGUGUUUGUAACAUAAAGCUGCACUUGCAACUGGCAAGCUGCCAAGUACCACUGACAAAAUCUACAGGGUGUCCAUGUUCUUUGAGUGGAAUAGAGCAUACAUAAAUAUGCAAUCACUGUAGGCAUGCUACUGUGUUGUCUUACAAUCACAAGCUGAAAAGUGGACAGUUAGGAGUAGAAACAGUGGAAAGAGACAGAGUGAGUGAGUAAGAUAUUUUCUCUUAAUAGAAAACCUAGAUUCCUGUUAUAUUUGAACGUACAUAAUACAAUAUAAAGAAUCCAGAAAAUGUUUUACAAUGAAUAGGCCUAUAACUUACAAUGUCAUGUUAUCAAACCUGCCAACUGUAGACCCUAACUGUAUGUGUCAUGAUUUCACAUAGCUUUGCUUGCAUCUGUAGCACAUUGUUGUUUAAGAUGCUACUAUAUGUAUACCUUUUUAACACAUUAAAUUAAUACUAAAAUAAUUUCA